UACACUCUGCCGUCCACCAUCAUGAACCAUCCUGUGCAUCACAGUCUGAAGGCAGCGUAUUCCUUCUAUAACGUACACACCACCACCACCCUGCUGGACCUGAUGGGAGACGCUCUUAUCCUUGCCAAGUCGAAAGGAUUUGAUGUCUUUAAUGCACUGGACCUAAUGGAGAACAAGACAUUUUUGGAGAAGCUCAAGUUUGGCAUUGGAGAUGGAAACCUGCAGUAUUACCUCUACAAUUGGAAAUGUCCCAGCAUGGGGUCAGAAAAGGUGGGUUUGGUUCUACAGUGACCUAUUCCACCAUCCAUAAUCUAUGUCUCGCAUGACAGCGAGGCUGAUUUAUGACAUCACGCACUGACCACCUGACAGAUGCUACCAAUGGACUUCCUGCUUCAGGAAGGAGAAUUCACCGCCCAUUUUUAAGUUUCAACUUUGACCUUUUGGACCUGCACUACUUAUUUCUCUCUCUCUCUCUCUUUCUUUUUCCCUCUCUUCUUAUUCUCUCUCUGCGCAUGGACCUAAAGCCAUUGUAAUUACCAUCAUCAGAGAUGAGGAACCUUAAUCUGUUAUGA